ACGGUGUUGACAGCACUGCAUGAUCUUAGAUGGAAUCAUUGAGAUACAACGGUAUCAGAUAGAACGAUGCAGUUGUCAAUGUAUAUAUGUCUGUUCUAUGUGAUUGUGACGAUCGGUCAAACAAACGUCAUAACCGGACAAGGCGAGGACCGCUCACGUCAGGAUUUAGAGGCAAGAGUGAUCGCUCUUGAGAAUGCGCUUUCGACAUUGAAAACGGAACUGGAUGCUAAAGUAGCCUCGUUAAAAUGCGAUUGUUCGAGUGUUGGCUCUGGAUUGGGGACUCUUACUCAUCAAACCGGGAAAAGAUUGUUAGUUCCUGCAACACCAAACAAGGAAAAGCCAGCAUUUUACAGCUUCCUAAGCUCGGACGAACUAGCCUCGACCAAGCAUCACACGAUCCCCUUUGACGUCGUUAAAACUAACGUCGGCAAUAACUACCACCCGAACAGUGGAACCUUCAUCGCCCCAAGCGCUGGAACCUACGCAUUUGAUUGGAUGAUACAGAGCACGUGGACAGGCGUAGUCUACACGCAGUUGAUGAGGAAUUCUGAGGUCCUUGGGGAGGUGGUGGCAGACAGUAGCCAUGAAUACGAGUUCCACAGCGCCACCGGGGUGGUGGUUGUUCAGUUGAGUGAGGGGGACGAAGUGUUCAUCAGAACCCACCCCACGGACGCGUCUACAGGACACAUCAUCAGUAGGCCGGGGUAUAGGUCCUCCUUCAGCGGGUGGAGAAUCUGAACUCAUGCUGCAGAGGCUUUGUCAGUCAUUGAGAAAGACGAACACAGAAGACUGUGAACAAUUGUUAAAAACGUAAAAAAAAAAUAGGACAUUGGUAUGUUUGAAAUAAACUAAAGCAUUGAAAAAAAAGAAGAAA